GAUGCGUGCCAAAACAAGCGCUUUUUCUGCAGUGUUGUCUAAUUACGCUUUCUAGUUUUAUUGCAUGCAAUUCGCAAUUUAAGAUAUGGCUUCACAUCGUUCAGCUUUUAAGGAAUUAAAUCAAAUGCCGGCUAAACUUAAAGAAGAUGUAGAGUGUUGGCAUCAUUUAAUAACAAAUGGCAACAAACAGUUGGCAAGUUACGCCAAAACCUAUAACUUAAUUUUAAUGCAUCAGAAUGAAUUGUACUGCGGCGACAGGAAAACAACGCGUCGCAUACAAGGGAGUAUAGAUCACCUAUUGGUACGCGUGGAUAAAAACAUUUUCAUACUAAAGCAUAUACUGGAAGCACUGCGUCUAACCCGGGAUCGCAUCGAGUACAUGUGGCAACGUGUGCGCAUAUGGAACGACGAUGCGCACUUGAAAAAUUAUCGCAUUACGCAGAAGCUCAACACAAGCAAGCUGCACAACUUGUUGUUGUUUCUGCACAAACGCUACGAAUAUGAAUGGGAGGUGAAGGAGAUGGUUGUGCUGGGCCUAGAUGAUGACAACGUCGAGUACGAUGUGGAAAUUUUGUUGGCAGCUUGGAAGACAAAUCGUCAUGCGGGAGGCUUUGAAUUUAAUGAAAAGCUCAAGGAAUUCUAUUCCAGCAUUGGUCAGCGUCGCCCUAAAUUUUGUAAAGUAAAAUGAAGCUCAUUGAAAUUCAUUGUUUUCAUUUCUUUAAUUUUUAUUGGAAAAAUGUGUUUUUUUUUGUAAUGUUUUGGUUUUGUUUUUGUAUUUUGCCUGCUCGCCAAAAACCGGUUUUAAUAAUUAUAAAGAAUUUGCAAAAAAAUUAUUUGGUUUUCAAUUUGUGUUUUGUUUUGUUUUGGUUUUCUUUUGCAUUUUACACUUUGCACAUUUAAAAUUUGACUUUGUUUUUUUGUGUUUUCGCUUGACUUUUUUUGCUAUGCUUCUCAUUACAUUUUAAACUCGUCAACGCCAUCUAUCGUUUGGUAGCAAAACAAAACUUAAUUGUAAUUUUACUACAACAACAUUUUGUGUGUGUGUGUUUGAAUGUGUGUUUUGUUUUGUUUUGUCCAUUAUAUAAUUAUUAUAAUUGUAUAUAAUAUGCAAUUCUGUAGCUAGAUUUUGACAUCGUUUUCUUAUCUCCUCUCAAAACUCUUUCUCUCUCUCGCUUCCACUGCCAUCUAAUUUAUGUAUGUAUUCAUGUAUAUAUGUAUUGUAUAUAUAUAUGGCGUUUUUUAACAUUCGCCCAUUUGUUUUAUAAACAAAUGCAUUUUUGGAUUUUCUUUU